GUGUGGGGCCGCGGGGAGGGCCCCGGGCCCCAGCCCCCGCCUCCCGCCCCAUAAAAGCGGCGGCCGGGGCCGGCGGGCGCCCUGCUGGCAGCAGGCAUGUCGUCCGUCAGGGUGGAGUGCGUGGUGAGCAGCGGCUUCGGCAUCGGCGAGUCGCCGGUGUGGGACGAGAAGGAGGGCGCCCUGCUCUGCGUCGACAUCCCGGGCCGGCGGGCCUGCCGCUGGAGCCCCGGCAGCGGGCAGCUGCAGGCCGUGCCCCUGGAUGCUCCUGUGAGCUCCGUGGCUCUUCGGAAAUCGGGGGGUUAUGUCGUCACCCUGGGCACCAGGUUCGCUGCUUUGAACUGGAAGGAGCAGCAGGUAACCACCAUCGCGCACGUGGACAAGGAUAAACCAAACAACCGAUUCAACGACGGGAAGGUGGAUCCCGCCGGGAGGUAUUUCGCAGGUACGAUGGCUGAGGAGAUUCGACCUGCUGUGCUGGAAAGGAACCAAGGCUCUCUGUAUACACUUUGCCCCGACCUCUCCGUAGUGAAGCACUUUGAUCGGGUGGACAUUUCUAAUGGGCUGGACUGGUCGCUGGAUCACAAAACCUUCUUUUACAUUGACAGCUUGUCCUACUCGGUGGAUGCCUUUGAUUAUGAUAUCCAAACUGGAAAAAUUGACAACCGCAGGAGUGUAUACAAACUGGAGAAAGAGGAGAGCAUUCCUGAUGGGAUGUGCAUUGAUACGGAAGGCAAACUCUGGGUAGCUUGCUACGAUGGUGGAAGAGUGAUUCGUCUUGACCCCGAGACAGGGUCUUUCUGAGCUGGAUGUGGUGUCUGGUGCACCUCUAACUGCCAGUGCAUUUCUCAUCCAUGAACUUGUCCUGUCUCCCUUAAACCACGUGAAGCCCUGAGCACCCACGGCGAACAGCAGCAAGAAGUUUCACAGGCUGCGUGUCCACGUCAGAAGGAGCCUUCUUUCUUUUGAAGUAGUCUGUGAAAUCUGAACUUUGCACAAUUCCGAGGGAACUGUGACUGCUUAGGGAGGUGAACCAGAUGGGUUUGAAGAUGACUCCAUGAAAAAUCUCUCAGGUGCAGAUUUUCUGGCAUCUCCAGGAAGAUGAUGCCCAUCUCAGAGUUCUGUAAACAACACCUUCCAGGCUGUCCUUGCUGAGACCUCUCUGGAAGCACAGUCAGGGUCUCUCCCCUUAUCUCAGGGGCUCAUGCCUCUUCUCCUACAGCACGUUUUCUCUCUCUGAAUGCCAUUCUUGCUCCUUUUUGCCCAGACUUGCUGUGAGCCAAUUGCUAGGGUGGCCUCUGGAGUGUUGUAUAAGACACCGUGUAACCCAUGCAGCCAUGUAAUCCCUCUACUUCCAGCUGACUGGAUAACCACAAAGUGCUGCGGGUGCCAGUUGGCAGGAGCAUCGCCUUGGAGCUCGCUUUGGUCCUCAUCAUUCCCAAGCAGCGGACAGGACUUGCUCUCUCCCAGUUUUCUACAUAUUUCUAUAUAUUUUGCUCUUCUUAGGGGAAAAAAGGAGGUAACCAGAUCUGUCUAUAAUCUCUGACACUCUGAGCAGCAUUACACUGAUUGUGAUUGUGA